AUGACCGCUAGCAAUUUUAAAAUUUCAGUUAAUCUAGUUAGCACUAGUCUGCAACACGAGAGUCCAGACCGAAUGGCUGCAACACUUCAUCUCUCUACACUAAUUCCUGCUACCCCAACCUCAAACCAAAAUGAACUAAAAGCUUUGAUCAAGGACCGCUCUUCUCCAACUGGAUCUUUCAAAAAAUGCAAAACAAUGACAGAACUCAAACAACUACACUCCCAAAUCACUAAAAACGGCCUCAAUCACAACCCUUCAUCUCUAACCAACCUAAUCUCCUCAUGCACUGAAAUGGGCACUUUUGAAAGUUUAGAAUACGCACAGAAGGCAUUAGAGCUCUUCCUUGAAGAUAAUGGAAUGAUGCGUACUGAUUAUAUGUUCAAUUCUUUGAUUAGAAGUUACUCUUCUUGUGGACUCUGUGAUAAAGCCAUUAUGGUCUUUCAUCAAAUGAUGUGUAAGGGUGUUUUCCCUGAUCAUUUUACCUUUCCCUUUGUGCUAAGCGCGUGCACGAAGGGUGCUGUCCGUAGUGAGGGAGUUCAAGUCCAUGGAGCGAUUGUUAAAAUGGGUUUUGAGAGAGAUAUGUUUGUAGAGAAUUCUCUGAUACAUUUCUAUGGUGAGUGUGGAGAGAUUGAUUUUAUGAGAAAGGUGUUCGAUAAAAUGUCUGACAGAAAUGUUGUGUCCUGGACUAGCUUGAUUGGUGGCUAUGCUAAGAGGAACUGUUAUAAAGAGGCUGUUUCUUUGUUUUUUGAGAUGGUAGAGGUGGGUAUUAGACCCAAUUCAGUUACAAUGGUAGGUGUGAUUUCUGCUUGUGCAAAAUUGCAGGAUCUUGAUUUGGGAGAGCAGGUGUGUGCUUGUAUUGGUGAGCUAGAUCUGAAGGUUAAUACGCUAAUGGUUAACGCACUUGUUGACUUGUACAUGAAAUGUGGAGCUAUUGAUAAGGCAAAACAGAUUUUUGACGAGUGUGUUGAUAAAAAUUUGGUCUUGUACAACACAAUCAUGUCAAAUUAUGUGCGCCAUGGCCUGGCCAGAGAAGCUCUUGCUGUAUUGGAUGAAAUGAUGCAACAUGGUCCACGACCUGAUAGGAUUACGAUGUUGUCAGCAGUUUCAGCAUGUUCGCAGUUGGAUGAUGUUUCCUGUGGAAAAUGGUGCCAUGGUUAUGUUUUGAGGAAUGGAUUAGAAGGCUGGGACAAUAUUUGCAAUGCCAUUAUUGACAUGUACAUGAAGUGUGGCAAACAAGAAAUGGCUUGUACGGUCUUUGAUCGCAUGUUGAACAAGACCCAGGUGUCAUGGAACUCACUGAUUGCUGGUUUUGUUAGAAAUGGUGAUUUUGAGGCUGCUUGGAAAAUUUUCAAUGCGAUGCCAGAGAGUGAUCUUGUUUCUUGGAACACAAUGAUUGGGGCUUUGGUACAAGAAAGUAUGUUCAAUGAAGCGAUAGAACUUUUCCGGGUAAUGCAGAACAAGGGAAUAUCGGCAGACAGGGUGACAAUGGUGGGUGCUGCAUCGGCCUGUGGGUAUCUAGGAGCUCUGGACCUUGCAAAGUGGAUCCAUAGUUAUAUUAAGAAGAAAGAUAUUCACUGUGAUAUGCGGCUUGGCACAGCCUUGGUUGAUAUGUUUGCUAGGUGUGGGGACCCUGUGAGUGCAAUGCAAGUUUUCAACAAGAUGGUGAAAAGAGAUGUUUCAGCCUGGACUGCAGCCAUUGGUGCAAUGGCCAUGGAGGGAAAUGGGAAUGGGGCUAUUGAGCUUUUUAAUGAGAUGCUGCAGCAAGGGAUUAAACCAGAUGGAGUGGUAUUUGUGGCGCUGCUGACUGCAUUGAGCCAUGGGGGGUUGGUAGAUCAGGGCUGGCAUUUUUUCAGGUCCAUGAAGGAUAUAUAUGGUAUAGCCCCCGAAGUUGUCCAUUAUGGGUGCAUUGUUGAUUUGCUUGGCCGAGCUGGGUUAUUGAGUGAAGCUCUUAGUCUCAUAAAUAGUAUGCCAAUGGAACCUAAUGAUGUGAUCUGGGGAUCUCUUUUAGCUGCUUGCCGGAUGCACAAAAAUGUAGAUAUUGCAGCUUAUGCAGCAGAAAGGAUAAAUGAACUUGAUCCUGAGACGACUGGGAUUCAUGUGCUUCUGUCGAACAUAUAUGCCUCUGCAGGAAGAUGGGAUGAUGUUGCAAAGGUUAGGCUACACCUGAAGGAGAAAGGAGUACAUAAACUGCCUGGAUCAAGCUCAAUCGAGAUCAACGGAGAAAUUUAUGAGUUCACAUCUGGUGAUGAAUCACACCCAGAUAUGACCCACAUUCAACCUAUGUUGAAAGAGAUUUUCUGUAGGCUAAGAGACACUGGCUACGUUCCUGAUUCUACGAAUGUUCUGCUUGAUGUUAAUGAGGAGGAGAAAGAGUACCUGCUAAGUCGACAUAGUGAAAAAUUGGCAAUAGCUUUUGCACUUAUCAAUACAGGCCAAGGAAUCCCAAUUCGUGUUGCAAAGAAUCUCCGAAUAUGCUCUGAUUGCCACUCAUUUGCCAAACUAGUAUCAAAAUUAUACGGAAGAGAAAUCAUUGUUCGGGAUAAUAACCGUUUCCACUUUUUCCAGCAAGGUUUCUGUUCUUGUGGCGAUUAUUGGUAA